AUGUUAGAACCACGGUCAGACCACGGUCAGACCACGUUACACCGGGACAGACCCCCUCUCACCGGGACAGACCCUCUCUCACCGGGACAGACCCUCUCUCACCGGGACAGACCCUCUCUCACCGGGACAGACCCUCACUCACCGGGACAGACCCUCUCUCACCGGGACAGACCCUCUCUCACCGGGACAGACCCUCUCUCACCGGGACAGACCCUCUCUCACCGGGACAGACCCUCUCUCACCGGGACAGACCCUCUCUCACCGGGACAGACCCUCUCUCACCGGGACAGACCCCCUCUCACCGGGACAGACCCUCUCUCACCGGGACAGACCCUCUCUCACCGGGACAGACCCUCUCUCACCGGGACAGACCCUCUCUCACCGGGACAGACCCUCUCUCACGGGACAGACCCUCUCUCACCGGGACAGACCCUCUCUCACCGGGACAGACCCUCUCUCACCGGGACAGACCCUCUCUCACCGGGACAGACCCUCUCUCACCGGGACAGACCCUCUCUCACCGGGACAGACCCUCUCUCACCGGGACAGACCCUCUCUCACCGGGACAGACCCUCUCUCACCGGGACAGACCCUCUCUCACCGGACAGACCCUCUCUCACCGGGACAGACCCUCUCUCACCGGACAGACCCUCUCUCACCGGGACAGACCCUCUCUCACCGGGACAGACCCUCUCUCACCGGGACAGACCCUCUCUCACCGGGACAGACCCUCUCUCACCGGGACAGACCCUCUCUCACCGGGACAGACCCUCUCUCACCGGGACAGACCCUCUCUCACCGGGACAGACCCUCUCUCACCGGGACAGACCCUCUCUCACCGGGACAGACCCUCUCUCACCGGGACAGACCCUCUCUCACCGGGACAGACCCUCUCUCACGGGACAGACCCUCUCUCACCGGGACAGACCCUCUCUCACCGGGACAGACCCUCUCUCACCGGGACAGACCCUCUCUCACCGGGACAGACCCUCUCUCACCGGGACAGACCCUCUCUCACCGGGACAGACCCUCUCUCACCGGGACAGACCCUCUCUCACCGGGACAGACCCUCUCUCACCGGGACAGACCCUCUCUCACCGGGACAGACCCUCUCUCACCGGGACAGACCCUCUCUCACCGGGACAGACCCUCUCUCACCGGGACAGACCCUCUCUCACCGGGACAGACCCUCUCUCACCGGGACAGACCCUCUCUCACCGGGACAGACCCUCUCUCACCGGGACAGACCCUCUCUCACGGGACAGACCCUCUCUCACCGGGACAGACCCUCUCUCACCGGGACAGACCCUCUCUCACCGGACAGACCCUCUCUCACCGGGACAGACCCUCUCUCACCGGGACAGACCCUCUCUCACCGGGACAGACCCUCUCUCACCGGGACAGACCCUCUCUCACCGGGACAGACCCUCUCUCACCGGGACAGACCCUCUCUCACCGGGACAGACCCUCUCUCACCGGGACAGACCCCUCUCACCGGGACAGACCCUCUCUCACCGGGACAGACCCUCUCUCACCGGGACAGACCCUCUCUCACCGGGACAGACCCUCUCUCACCGGGACAGACCCUCUCUCACCGGGACAGACCCUCUCUCACCGGGACAGACCCUCUCUCACCGGGACAGACCCUCUCUCACCGGGACAGACCCUCUCUCACCGGGACAGACCCUCUCUCACCGGGACAGACCCUCUCUCACCGGGACAGACCCUCUCUCACCGGGACAGACCCUCUCUCACCGGGACAGACCCUCUCUCACCGGGACAGACCCUCUCUCACCGGGACAGACCCUCUCUCACCGGGACAGACCCUCUCUCACCGGGACAGACCCUCUCUCACCGGGACAGACCCUCUCUCACCGGGACAGACCCUCUCUCACCGGGACAGACCCUCUCUCACCGGGACAGACCCUCUCUCACCUCUCCGGGACAGACCCUCUCUCACCGGGACAGACCCUCUCUCACCGGGACAGACCCUCUCUCACCGGGACAGACCCUCUCUCACCGGGACAGACCCUCUCUCACCGGGACAGACCCUCUCUCACCGGGACAGACCCUCUCUCACCGGGACAGACCCUCUCUCACCGGGACAGACCCUCUCUCACCGGGACAGACCCUCUCUCACCGGGACAGACCCUCUCUCACCGGGACAGACCCUCUCUCACCGGGACAGACCCUCUCUCACCGGGACAGACCCUCUCUCACCGGGACAGACCCUCUCUCACCGGGACAGACCCUCUCUCACCGGGACAGACCCUCUCUCACCGGGACAGACCCUCUCUCACCGGGACAGACCCUCUCUCACCGGGACAGACCCUCUCUCACCGGGACAGACCCUCUCUCACCGGGACAGACCCUCUCUCACCGGGACAGACCCUCUCUCACCGGGACAGACCCUCUCUCACCGGGACAGACCCUCUCUCACCGGGACAGACCCUCUCUCACCGGGACAGACCCUCUCUCACCGGGACAGACCCUCUCUCACCGGGACAGACCCUCUCUCACCGGGACAGACCCUCUCUCACCGGGACAGACCCUCUCUCACCGGGACAGACCCUCUCUCACCGGGACAGACCCUCUCUCACCGGGACAGACCCUCUCUCACCGGGACAGACCCUCUCUCACCGGGACAGACCCUCUCUCACCGGGACAGACCCUCUCUCACCGGGACAGACCCUCUCUCACCGGGACAGACCCUCUCUCACCGGGACAGACCCUCUCUCACCGGGACAGACCCUCUCUCACCGGGACAGACCCUCUCUCACCGGGACAGACCCUCUCUCCACCGGGACAGACCCUCUCUCACCGGGACAGACCCUCUCUCACCGGGACAGACCCUCUCUCACCGGGACAGACCCUCUCUCACCGGGACAGACCCUCUCUCACCGGGACAGACCCUCUCUCACCGGGACAGACCCUCUCUCACCGGGACAGACCCUCUCUCACCGGGACAGACCCUCUCUCACCGGGACAGACCCUCUCUCACCGGACAGACCUCUCUCAGACCCUCUCUCACCGGGACAGACCCUCUCUCACCGGGACAGACCCUCUCUCACCGGGACAGACCCUCUCUCACCGGGACAGACCCUCUCUCACCGGGACAGACCCUCUCUCACCGGGACAGACCCUCUCUCACCGGGACAGACCCUCUCUCACCGGGACAGACCCUCUCUCACCGGGACAGACCCUCUCUCACCGGGACAGACCCUCUCUCUCACCGGGACAGACCCUCUCUCACCGGGACAGACCCUCUCUCACCGGGACAGACCCUCUCUCACCGGGACAGACCCUCUCUCACCGGGACAGACCCUCUCUCACCGGGACAGACCCUCUCUCACCGGGACAGACCCUCUCUCACCGGGACAGACCCUCUCUCACCGGGACAGACCCUCUCUCACCGGGACAGACCCUCUCUCACCGGGACAGACCCUCUCUCACCGGGACAGACCCUCUCUCACCGGGACAGACCCUCUCUCACCGGGACAGACCCUCUCUCACCGGGACAGACCCUCUCUCACCGGGACAGACCCUCUCUCACCGGGACAGACCCUCUCUCACCGGGACAGACCCUCUCUCACCGGGACAGACCCUCUCUCACCGGGACAGACCCUCUCUCACCGGGACAGACCCUCUCUCACCGGGACAGACCCUCUCUCACCGGGACAGACCCUCUCUCACCGGGACAGACCCUCUCUCACCGGGACAGACCCUCUCUCACCGGGACAGACCCUCUCUCACCGGGACAGACCCUCUCUCACCGGGACAGACCCUCUCUCACCGGGACAGACCCUCUCUCACCGGGACAGACCCUCUCUCACCGGGACAGACCCUCUCUCACCGGGACAGACCCUCUCUCACCGGGACAGACCCUCUCUCACCGGGACAGACCCUCUCUCACCGGGACAGACCCUCUCUCACCGGGACAGACCCUCUCUCACCGGGACAGACCCUCUCUCACCGGGACAGACCCUCUCUCACCGGGACAGACCCUCUCUCACCGGGACAGACCCUCUCUCACCGGGACAGACCCUCUCUCACCGGGACAGACCCUCCUCACCGGGACAGACCCUCUCUCACCGGGACAGACCCUCUCUCACCGGGACAGACCCUCUCUCACCGGGACAGACCCUCUCUCACCGGGACAGACCCUCUCUCACCGGGACAGACCCUCUCUCACCGGGACAGACCCUCACCGGACAGACCCUCUCUCACCGGGACAGACCCUCUCUCACCGGGACAGACCCUCUCUCACCGGGACAGACCCUCUCUCACCGGGACAGACCCUCUCUCACCGGGACAGACCCUCUCUCACCGGGACAGACCCUCUCUCAGACCCUCUCUCACCGGGACAGACCCUCUCUCACCGGGACAGACCCUCUCUCACCGGGACAGACCCUCUCUCACCGGGACAGACCCUCUCUCACGGACAGACCCUCUCUCACCGGACAGACCCUCUCUCACCGGGACAGACCCUCUCUCACCGGGACAGACCCUCUCCACCGGGACAGACCCUCUCUCACCGGGACAGACCCUCUCUCACCGGGACAGACCCUCUCUCACCGGGACAGACCCUCUCUCACCGGGACAGACCUCUCUCUCACCGGGACAGACCCUCUCUCACCGGGACAGACCCUCUCUCACCGGGACAGACCCUCUCUCACCGGGACAGACCCUCUCUCACCGGGACAGACCCUCUCUCACCGGGACAGACCCUCUCUCACCGGGACAGACCCUCUCUCACCGGGACAGACCCUCUCUCACCGGGACAGACCCUCUCUCACCGGGACAGACCCUCUCUCACCGGGACAGACCCUCUCUCACCGGGACAGACCCUCUCUCACCGGACAGACCCUCUCUCACCGGGACAGACCCUCUCUCACCGGGACAGACCCUCUCUCACCGGGACAGACCCUCUCUCACCGGGACAGACCCUCUCUCACCGGGACAGACCCUCUCUCACCGGGACAGACCCCUCUUCACCGGGACAGACCCUCUCUCACCGGGACAGACCCUCUCUCACCGGGACAGACCCUCUCUCACCGGACAGACCCUCUCUCACCGGGACAGACCCUCUCUCACCGGGACAGACCCUCUCUCACCGGGACAGACCCUCUCUCACCGGGACAGACCCUCUCUCACCGGGACAGACCCUCUCUCACCGGGACAGACCCUCUCUCACCGGGACAGACCCUCUCUCACCGGGACAGACCCUCUCUCACCGGGACAGACCCUCUCUCACCGGGACAGACCCUCUCUCACCGGGACAGACCCUCUCUCACCGGGACAGACCCUCUCUCACCGGGACAGACCCUCUCUCACCGGGACAGACCCUCUCUCACCGGGACAGACCCUCUCUCACCGGGACAGACCCUCUCUCACCGGGACAGACCCUCUCUCACCGGGACAGACCCUCUCUCACGGGACAGACCCCCACGGGACAGACCCUCUCUCACCGGGACAGACCCUCUCUCACCGGGACAGACCCUCUCUCACCGGGACAGACCCUCUCUCACCGGGACAGACCCUCUCUCACCGGGACAGACCCUCUCUCACCGGGACAGACCCUCUCUCACCGGGACAGACCCUCUCUCACCGGGACAGACCCUCUCUCACCGGGACAGACCCUCCUCACCGGGACAGACCCUCUCUCACCGGGACAGACCCUCUCUCACCGGGACAGACCCUCUCUCACCGGGACAGACCCUCUCUCACCGGGACAGACCCUCCGGAAUCUCACCGGGACAGACCCUCUCUCACCGGGACAGACCCUCUCUCACCGGGACAGACCCUCUCUCACCGGGACAGACCCUCUCUCACCGGGACAGACCCUCUCUCACCGGGACAGACCCUCUCUCACCGGGACAGACCCUCUCUCACCGGGACAGACCCUCUCUCACCGGGACAGACCCUCUCUCACCGGGACAGACCCUCUCUCACCGGGACAGACCCUCUCACCGGGACAGACCCUCACUCACCGGGACAGACCCUCUCUCACCGGGACAGACCCUCUCUCACCGGGACAGACCCGGGACAGACCCUCUCUCACCGGGACAGGGGCUUCAUGUUGUGCCUCUCCAGGAGCUCCUCGUACCGCAGCAGUUUGAGUUUCUCCAGCAGACUCUCCAUCACCACAAACACCUGAUGAACCGCUCCUGGGCCGCGGUCCUCCUCCUCUGUCCGCCUGGCGUCUUCUGCCAUGACCCCCCGGAGUUCACAGUCCCCUGCGGGCCUUUGGAGCGGGGUUUAGGCACUCUGUAG